UAGCCAUUUUGAGACUUUCCCAUUCCCUCCUGGUCUUAAACCCUUCCUCCCUCAGAGAGUCAAAGCCUGGGUUUUACUAGGGUUUUAGUCUCUCUCUAAACAUGGGUAGCCUUCUUCUGAGGAAGUCUUCUUCAUCGCUACCCUCAAAGAAGCUCUCCCUUGUUGCUCUUUCCCGUCUCUUCUCUCCAACGUCGUCGACCUCUGAAGCCGUCAUUUCCAGAAAUGGCUGCUCGAUCCCCCAAUUUCACAAUUUCGCCACUGCGUCUAACUUCCCAGCCUUCGGGAGUUCUUCGGCUGCGGCGACGGCGCCACCGCCUUCUCCGAGGCAAAUAGUGAGGGGCUUACACAUCUCCCGCCCGUUGGCCGCUGGAGUGGCCGUGGCUCGUUUGCCGGAGGAGGAUGAAGGGCUUGAGAUCUCGAAGCUCGGCAUCUCCCAAGAAGUCGUCUCUGCAUUGGCACGGAGGGGAAUAACUCAGCUUUUUCCUAUUCAGAGAGCAGUUUUGGAACCAGCAAUGCAGGGAAUUGACAUGAUAGGUCGAGCUAGGACGGGAACAGGGAAAACUCUUGCUUUUGGAAUUCCAAUCAUGGAUAAGAUCAUUCGUUACAAUGAGAAGCAUGGGAAGGGGAGGAACCCUUUAGCAUUGAUAAUGGCGCCUACAAGAGAACUUGCUAAACAAGUUGAUAAGGAAUUUUAUGAGUCUGCUCCUAAUUUGGAUACAUUGUGUGUUUAUGGAGGUGUUCCCAUCGGAAAACAAAUGGGUGCACUAGAUAGGGGUGUUGACAUAGUUGUUGGGACACCUGGUCGGAUUAUUGAUCUGCUUAAGAGGGGCUCAUUGGAUUUAUCAGAACUGCAGUUUGUUGUUCUAGAUGAAGCUGACCAGAUGCUUAAUGUUGGCUUUGCGGAGGAUGUUGAAAGAAUUUUACAAAAUGCACCAAAGAAUCGUCACACAAUGAUGUUUUCAGCUACAAUGCCUGGUUGGAUUUUGAAACUUACCCAGCAGUUCCUAAAAAAUCCAGUUGAGAUUGAUCUUGUUGGAAAUUCUGAUCAGAAACUAGCUGAUGGAAUUUCCUUGUAUUCUAUUGCUUGUGAGAUGCACCAGAAACCUGCAGUUCUUGGCCCUCUUAUAACAGAACAUGCAAAAGGAGGGAAGUGUAUUGUUUUCACUCAAACAAAACGUGAUGCUGAUAGGUUGGCAUGUGCCAUGCAAAGAAACUUCAAAUGUGAAGCUUUGCAUGGGGAUAUCUCACAAAACCAGAGGGAGAGAACACUAUCAGGUUUCAGAGAAGGUCACUUUAAUGUAUUGGUGGCCACAGAUGUUGCUGCCCGAGGUCUUGAUGUCCCUAAUGUGGAUCUGGUGAUACAUUAUGAACUUGCAAACUCUUCAGAGAUCUUUGUUCAUCGAUCUGGCCGAACAGGACGUGCAGGCAAGAAAGGAAGUGCAAUCCUCAUGUAUUCAAAUCAGCAAGCGAGAGAUGUUAAAGGUAUUGAGCGCGAAGUGGGAUGCAAAUUUAUUGAGCUCCCAAGGAUUGAAGUAGAUGCUGGAGCAGCAAACAUGUUCAGUGACAUUGGACUAGGCAAUAGUCGUUUUGGCUCUAAUGGAGGCUUUGGAAGUGGUCGCUCUGGUGGUGGCCGCUUUGGUGGCAGCUCCCAAGGGUCAUCAUAUGGUCAAGUGGGUGGGUUUGGCAGAUCUGGUUUUGGACAAUCAGGCAGUGGAUAUGGUGGAGGCCGUUCUGGAAAUUUUGGAAGCCGCAAUUCUGGUGGGUUUGAAGGCAUGAGCAGCUCAAAUCGUUCAGGUGGGUUUGGGAAUUCCAGUGGUCCAGCCAAUCGGGCGGGUGGAUUUGGUUCAAGUCGCCCUAGUGGAUUUGGUGGCUUUGGAGGCUUUGGAGACAACAAGGACAGCAACCAUCAAAGCUAUGGGAGGAAACCUUUUUGACCUUAUUCCCUGAUGAACAUAACACUAUGUGGAGGGACAAAUUUCCUUGAUACGUUUCAGUCGACACAGAAAAGUUCCUAGUAUUAUACUCUCUUUUCUAGUCUCUACUUUCAUUCAAUGUGUAAUAACCAAUUAGGGAAGAAACCAAGCCGGUGGCUUAUGUUUUUCUGAUAUUGAAAAUGUAGUCAUUUAUACUUAUACAAUUUCAUGUUUAAUUUACUAUAAAUUGUAUUAUAUUUCCUAUACUAUUAUUUACUCAGUCAAAGAACUCGUGACUUUAAAGUAAAAGGUGACAUGUUUAGUCACUAA